UGGACCCCCGGCCACCCGCCGCGCGCCGCGGCUCCUGCGCACCAUGGCCCCGCUCUGGGCCCUGCUGGCCCUCGGCUGCCUGCGGGGCUGCUGGGCUGUGAACCUCCAGCCCCAACUGGCCAGCGUGACCUUCGCCACCAACAACCCCACCCUCACCACCGUGGCCUUGGAAAAGCCCCUCUGCGUGUUUGACAGCUCCGCUGCCCUCCCUGGUGCCUAUGAGAUCUACCUCUACGUCCUGGCCGACUCGGCCAGCUCCAGGAACACCUCCGUGCAGGACAGCACCAACAAGCCCCUCAGUUCAACGUUCCGGCAAACAGAUGGCGGGCAGACAGGCCCCUACAAAGCAGUAGCCUUUGACCUGACUCCCUGUGGUGACCUGCCCAGCCUGGAUGCCGCUGGGGAUGUGUCCCAGGCCUCGGAGAUCCUGAAUGCAUACUUGGUCAGGGUGGGGGCCAACGGGACCUGUCUGCUCGACCCCAACUUCCGAGGCCUCUGCAACCCGCCCCUGUCGGCAGCCACGGCAUACAGGUUCAAGUAUGUCCUUGUCAACGUGUCUACGGGCCUGGUACAGGACCAGACCCUGUGGUCGGACCCCAUCUGCACCAGCCGGCUCACCCCAUACUGGGCCAUCGACACAUGGCCGGGGCGGCGGAGCGGAGGCAUGAUCGUCAUCACCUCCAUCCUGGGCUCCCUGCCCUUCUUCCUGCUCGUGGGGUUUGCUGGCGCCAUCGUCCUCAGCUUCGUGGAUGUGGGGACUUCUGACGGGGAAACCACCCACGACUCCCAGAUCACGCAGGAGGCUGUGCCCAAGUCCCUGGGGACCUCAGAGCCGUCGUACACAUCCGUGAACCGGGGGCUGCCCCUGGACAGGGCUGAGGUGUAUCCCAGCAAGCUGCAGGACUGAACCUGGGUGCCGCACCCUGGGUGGCCAUUCCCUCCCACCAGCUUUGCUCGGGGGUCCCGGGGGUCCCAGGGGCCCAACUGCAGGGAA